CCUCCUGCCUGUGCACAGCCGGCGGCUGGGGACAGCGGGGACAGCGGGGACAGCGGGACGGGGCUGCUGGAGCCGGGGUGGCCGGGCAGGGAUGGCCACCAGGAGCCACCUGGAGCACAGCGGGGGACAGGGGGGCACCCAAGGGUCCAACAUUCACGGAACCAACUCCCCGAGCAGAGAAUCAAACACAGAAAGCAACAACAAGGCUUUGCCAGUGAUUCAAUUCAUUUCAAGCUGGAUUGGGAAGGUCUGGCAGUGCUUGGGAGGCUGUGGAAGGCCGCUGUGGCUGGAGCUGGAGCAUCCUCAAAAACUCACCUCACCUCUGGGCAGCAGUGGGAAACAAGGAUCUGCCCCGGCAGAUUCUCACUGUCCUUCCCUGGGAUCUGCCGAUGGAGCUACUCCCCCUCUCUGCUGUUCCAGCUCUCCCGAGUUUCCCUGGAGAAAGAAACCAAGAUGCUCCUCAAGCAAAGGAUCCCUUGCCCAGGACACGUGAUGGAGCACCGUGGGUGAGGGAUCCCCACGGAAGGACGAGCCAUGCAGUAGGAGCCAGCACAUCCCACAGAAGAGCAGGACCCAGAGCUGCAGGAGGGACGGGACAUGUGGAGCCUCAGCUGCCUCCUCUGGGGACUCCUCCUCAUCCUCAGCACCAGCAGCACGGAGGGCUUUGCCCAGGCAGGGCGCAGGGUGUGCUCGAGCCGCCUGAGCGCCCACGCCGAGUCCCACGUGCAGCCCGUGUACCAGCCCUACCUCACCACCUGCCAGGGCCACCGCCUCUGCAGCACCUACAGGACCAUCUACAGGGUUGCCUACAGGCAGAGGUACAGGCAGCUGCCCCAGCCCGUGGCCUCGUGCUGUCCUGGAUGGAGCAGAGCAAACGGCCACACGCUGGGCUGUAACAGAGCUCUGUGCUGGGAGCCGUGCCAGAACGGAGGGAGCUGCGCCUUCCCCGGGAGAUGCUCCUGCCCCCCUGGCUGGACAGGGCCAGCCUGCCAGACAGACGUGGAUGAAUGUGCCAGCCAAAGCCACGGGUGCAGCCAGCUGUGCAUCAACACUGCUGGGAGCUUCCACUGCGCCUGCCGGGACGGCUUCAGCCUGGCUGCCGAUGACAAGGGCUGCCAGCCCCUGGUGCCAGCACCUGGGACAGACACCUCCAGCCACACAGGUCCCUCCAGUGAAAUGAAGGAAGAAAUGAAGGACCUGAGGAGCAGAGUGGAAGCGCUGGAGCAGAAGCUCCAGCUGGUGCUGGCCCCCUUCCACAACCUGAUGCCGCCAGAGGAUGUCGGUGCAGACCCCAUCAGCCGCCUGUCCCACUCCCUCCAGCAGCUGGACAGGAUCGAGUCCCUGAGCGAGCAGAUCUCUUUCCUGGAAGAGCGGCUGGAGACCUGUUCCUGCAAGAACGAACUCUAGCAGAGUGCCUGGGGAUCUGGAGCAAGCUGAGUGCAUCCACAGCUCUUAUCACCCUCUCCAGCCCCAGGAUGGGGAUGAAGCUACACCAUCAUAGGAAGGCACAGGGUGGCAGGAGAAGGCAGGAGAAGGCUGGGCUCCCAUCAGCAUCUCCAUCGUUCUCUCUUCCAGCUCACCUCACCAGAGGCCACGCAGUUCCUUCCAAACUGGACUCUGAGCCCUCUCCCUGCUGGAGAGGCAGCAAAUAAAUGCCUUACCUCGUGCCAUGA